AUGUCCAGCGUCUCGCCGUAUCCAUAUCGCCCUGUGCACCAGCGCAUCCUGAGCACGCGCAUCGACCCGCAGCCGUCUUCGCUCCUAUUCAAGAAAUUACCCGCAGAGGUCCGGUUCAAUAUAUUCUGCUACGCAUUGAGCGCCUAUCCAAACCCGGAUCCCAAAAAAGCCUACGAGUCGUGGUCCUGCUACACCCGCCCGUCGUAUUUCGCCCCCCAGAAAACCGAAACGGCCCUGGUCCUGACAUGCAAGGCCAUCUAUAAAGAGUGCUGGUUCCUCCCCUUUCGCCUCUACGAGCAGGUCCAUUACGCCGUUGCGAAUAAAAAUCGUGCCCCGCCAGGCUACGAUUUCUCCCGGCAAUUGACGAGGCUGGAACUCACCCUCCAGAGCAUGAGGGAGCGGGAGCAGAAGCCGGUUCUGAUCGCCAAUCUUCGUGUGUUUGCUCAGAUGUGCAUGCUCGAAGAAGGCGCUCUGUCCAAGGUGCUGGCCGUCCCAGAGCUUAACCCUUCUGUUGUGACGUUGACCAUCCGACACACCGACUGGUGGAACUGGGAGCAUGAUCAGCCGCUCACCUUCAAUGGGACAUGGCUUGAGGGGGUCUCCCAGGUCAUGCCACCCAGUGUCCGCGAGCUGAACAUCGAGCUCGAGUCGGUCGAUAGAAAGAGACACCAGGUAGAUGAGAUCGCGAGGCAAAUGAUGGAGAAGUGGUCCUUCCGCAGGACGGACGGUGUGGCUCUCUAUGCCUCUCAGCAACAGGAAAGUCGUUGGAGAGGCACGAGCCGGUGGGAACGCCUAAGAUGGGUGCGCGAUGAGAUACUCGAGGGUGUCAUCGACUUUUACGUUGUGACUCUGACCUUUCUCCCCGAGACUCGGUUGCGGUGGCACCAGAUCAGUCCGGUUGCUCGAGAAAUCGCAGACGGCACUCCUGCAGACCGGGACCGGCUUACGCUCAGCAAGUUGGGCUGGAAAACGAUAAGCACUGAGCGCCCGCCAUUCAUGACUGAAAUAGAGCAGUUGAGGCACUACAGACAGAAGUGGAGGCGUACAGGUAUCCAACGUCCAAUGCCCAACAGAGACCCCCCGCGCUUCUACCAGCAGAUUAACAGAAACCCUUCCUAG